AAAAGGUCUACAGCAAACAACUCUCUAUCCAAGAGUGAUCGGGAUUAAACAGGAUACUCAUCGAUCAUUAGAAAUACUGUUGUUUCCACUCACAUCCUGACAAUUCCACAAAGUGAACCUAACCCUAAAUUGUGCGCUACAUACCUCCACAGGGACUGUGUGGAGACUCUUUCAUUUCUAAAGUGUUCCACAGUGAGAAUGUGACUGUUGCUCCAUUUACAAAUGUUUCUGAUUAUCAUAUCUUCAUGAAAGAGCUCUCUUAUAAUUAAUCAGGUAAACCAGGAAGGAGAUUUCCAGCCAAACCUGGUGUUGCAAAUCAGUACAGGAGCUGUCACAGGCUCAGAACUCAUUUCUCAAGAGUAUAAUUCUGCUCCCACCAUCAGAUGAGUUAAAUAACAAUACAUUCUUUGAAAAUGUCUCUCCUGAGCACGGAACUGAUUUACUUUAAUAAGUGCUUCAGUUUCCAGCCUUGCUUCUACCCACAAGGCAUCAGAGCUACGUUUGGCAUGAAAGGACAUGCUACCUAACAGCUUUCCUGGGGAAUUGAAACGUGCACACAUGACGUCUUUUGGAAGCACGCGUGUGGGUUUCUCAUUCAUACAAUUUCUAUAUAAAUAUGGAGGACUCAAGGAUGAGGAGCAAAGAGCUGGAGACUGCAACCCCAUCAGGCUUCCUGCACUCAGAACCACUCCAGCAUAGCAGACAUGCUUCACCUCAAGACAAUUCAAAUCUACUGCCUUACAAUGCUGACCUUAAGCGAAUGCAAAAGUAUUCCGCAGAGCUCAAAGUUUACAGGAGACCCAGAGGGGUUCAACUACCAGCUCGUUAACAUCUUAGAAAACAAACUCCCGUUAAACGAGAGAAGCCUGGCUCCCUGGACGUACGAGAACAACGUUGACCUGAACAGGGUGCCUCAGGUGAUCCAGCAGGCAAAAUGCAACACUUUCCAUCACUGCAUGAUUAGGAACGAGGACCAAGAGACGAAAAUCCACAGCUUGGAAACCAUUCCCGUCUCCGUCAGCAUCCCAGUCCUGAGGAAAAACCAGCAUUCCGAGUACGACCUGGAAUUUGAAACCAUGCAGGUCGCCUGCAUCUGCGCUACCUCCAGGAACUCUGAUCCCAAGAAACUAUCAGAUAUCAUGAGCUGCAUGACGUGAAAACCAGACUGCUUGUCAAAACAACUCUCAUACAUAUAGCAUCAGAAAACACAUCAUAACAAUAAUAAUAACAACAAUGCAUUCACUGCCUAUCCAUUAGAGAAUUAAAGUUUCAGCGAGGGGUUGUAAAAACAGGGCACUAUUCACAAAGAAUUCAUCUGUUUGUUAUUUAAA